GUCGCUGCACAUUUAUUAGUUCGAUUUUAAAUUCAUGAUACUUUUCCAAUACUACAUACAUACUACAUUCUACCUAGCAGAUCUAUACCUUCUGUCGUAAAAGGCAGCAACAAGAGAACCAUGAAUGCGGCCACAAAAGGUACAUAUUGCAAAUUAGUAGAUAUGGUUCACCCCUCGUAGAUGUUCUCGAAAGAUGUUACCGGCAACUUCAUGGAACAUGCAUGGAAUGGAACUGUGUCAACUGUGAACGUCAAAUAUAUUCUGUCAGUUAUCUCUUGAAAGCCUUGAAGGUUAGGAAUGUAUUUAAAAACAUUAUUUAAGGAUUCCGCUUUGUGUUAAAUAUGUCGGUGUGUGAAUAAAAAGCAGCUUUGAAAUGAAUUUGGGACAAUCAAAUCAUUACGGCAACGGCUUACAGUACGUUGGCUUCAACCAAGACCAUGGAUGUUUUGCAUGUGCAACAACCACAGGCUUUAGAAUAUACAACUGUGACCCUCUUAAAGAAAAAGAGCGACAAGAUUUUGACAAUGGUGGGCUUAGCUACAUUGAAAUGUUAUUCCGAUGCAAUUAUCUAGCCUUAGUGGGAGGUGGACCUAAACCUUUAUAUCCCACAAACAGGGUUAUGAUAUGGGAUGACCUCAAGAAGGCUACACCAAUUUGUUUGGAGUUCAAUGCACCUGUUCUAGCAGUCAAGCUAAGGAGAGAUAGAAUAGUUGUUGUUUUAGAAGGUGUGAUAAAAGUUUACACAUUCACACAGAGUCCUCAGCAGCUUCAUGUGUUUGAAACCAGCUCAAACCUAAAAGGACUUUGCGUCCUGUGUCCAAAUAGCAAUAACUCCAUCCUAGCCUUUCCUGGAAGGAAAACAGGUCAUGUUCAGCUUGUUGACCUGGCCAAUACUGAGAAGAGCCCCUUAGACAUUGUUGCUCAUGAAGCCAAUCUUAGCUGUAUUUCACUCAAUUUACAGGGUACCAGAUUAGCAACAGCUAGUGAAAAGGGUACUUUGAUUAGGAUAUUUAACACGUUCAAUGGGCAGAAGAUUGCUGAACUCCGACGAGGUGCAAAUCAGGCAACAAUAUACUGUAUAAACUUCAACCAUUCCUCAACGUCCCUUUGCGUGGCGUCAGACCACGGAACAGUCCACAUUUUCGCCCUUGACGAUCCAAAAUUGAACAAGCAGUCGUCGUUAGCAAACGCCACCUUCCUACCCAAGUAUUUUUCGUCGUCGUGGUCCUUUUGCAAAUUCACGGUUCCAAAUGGACCACCCUGUAUUUGCGCGUUUGGUGCAGACAACUCCGUUGUAGUGGUCUGCGCAGAUGGCAGUUAUUACAAGUUCCUGUUCAACUUGAAAGGAGAAUGUGUCAGGGAAGCGUGUGCACAGUACCUCGAAAUGACAGAUGACAGUUUGUAGAUACGAUUAAAUCUACUCGUAUUUUUUUCUCGUUUACACUCGCUCUCCAGACUGAACCUACAGGGCGAGUUGGUGUAUUUUCAGGCUGUGCUCUUGAUUUCCUCAUUUCAGGAGAAAAUAGUCCAAAUUUGACAAACCAUAAUUAAAUAUUUCCCAAAUUUACCAUCAAUCAAAUUUCAUAGAAAGUUCAAAAUUUAUUAACAUGAAAUGAAUUUCAAUGGUGCAACUUGAAAAUCAAGAACGAUGCAGAUUUAUUCAUGACUGCUUAGUAAGUUUUAUUUGUAAAUUUGUAAGUGAGUGUAUGUGGUUUUUUGGUUGUAUAUGGUGGUGAUACUAUAUGAGAGCAUUUUUUAUGAGUCAUUACAAAAAAAAGGUCUUAGUAGAAACAGUAAUUCGAGUAAAGUGAAUAGAAUCAGAUGCAGAUUAAUUGGUAGUUUAAUUGAUUUAUGAAUGAACUUGACUCAACUCGAAUAAAUUGGUAUACAGUGGAAAUUUAUACAUCAAAGUGCAAUAUCUAACCUAAAUUCACUGCGAUUCUGCUCAUACUAAAUGCCUUGUAUAGUACUGUAUAUCAAAAUGGUCAAUAAAAUCUUUUAGAAUAAGACUUGUUAAAAGUUGAAACGAAUAUUUUAGGCUUUCUCAGUGCUAUAGUUUUCAUCAUGGUGAGUAAUAUUUGUUUGUCUUUGCAAAACAUUAGUGCUUCAUGUCACCUUUGCUUUCUGGUCUAUAGCAAAAUGUUGAUUAAAGAAUGCCACAUUGCAAAUUCAGUGAAGUGUAAAUGCUACUGGUAAAAAACAAAAAUAGUAGGUAAGACUGAACCAGAUCCAAUAUGUAGCAUUGUUUUAUGGAGAGUUUAUUAAUCUUAGUAAGUAUUUAAUAUAUUUUAGAUAUGAAUACUAAACAAAGUUUGGACCAGUUAUAUCCCUGUUUAUCAAUUCAGGAGUUAAAAUUUUCUUUCCUUUUAGAGCAUUUGCAUUAAAUUUACUGUUUGCUGUACUAACACAAAAUAAAAAGGAUGCAGCUUUUACUAUUUAAACCUUUGCACUGAUUAUUAUGGAAGUCAAAUUAUUGCAAGGAAGAAACUACACAUUAUAAGCAUAUAUAUAUGAGAGUGAAUCAUUAUAACCCUUGGAAAAGUGCAUUCUCCAAAAAAUAUACAGAAUACAUUGAUAGAUAUGGUGAAUGUUGGAACAAAAAAAUCAGAAUAGUUGCAAUUCAAGAUGGUGUGAGAGAGUAUGUAUGAAAGUUUCUUGUAGUACAAAUAAAGCAGUUUUGCAAGGGUUGAUGCGAUUUUUAUCUCCACUGUUAACAAUUGUAAAAGAUUUACAGUAUCCUGUAUGUAAACACUUGUUACAAAAUGUAUUUUCAAAUGCCUAUUUGUCUUUGUUUUGUGUGUGAAUAUUUGUUCACAAAUUUUAUUUUGACAAGCUCAUGUAAAGUAUACAUUCUUCAAGAUAUCUAAUAUUGAUUCUAUUUCAAAAAAUAUGUAAUAUUAGAUACAAAAGAAUGUCAAAUCAUCCGUUUAUAAAGCUUUAUAUUGUCCAUUUUCCUAGACUUCUGUAAGUACAAUACUGAAAAUAUAUGUAUUAAGCUCUAUGAAUA